AUGGGCAACGACGGUGGCAGUAUCCCCACGCGCCGCGAACUGGUCAAAGAAGCCGCCCGUCAGCCCUCCGCAACCGAGCUCAAGGAAACCCAGCACGAGCAGCAAGAAUACUACUGGAGCACCGACCCGCUCAGCCAGAAACCCUUGCGAGCACCGGUCGUGAGCGACUGCAACGGGAAGCUGUACAACAAGGACGCGAUCAUCGAGUACCUGCUACCGGCGGACGGGGAAGAUGCCGUGAGAGAAAAGGCAGAGAAGGACAAGGUUCUGCUAGGCGCGGUCAAGAGCCUGAAGGACGUCGUGGAAGUGAAGUUCCAGGUUGACGAGGGCGGGAAGUGGAUAUGUCCGAUUACGAACAAGACACUUGGGCCGGGCGUCAAGGCGGUGUAUAUCGUGCCGUGUGGACACGCGUUUGCGGAUAGUGUGGUCAAGGAGAUCGAGGAGAGAAAGUGCCUGCAGUGCAACGAGCCGUAUGCGGAAAACGACGUCGUACCGAUACUGCCAACUACCGCUGCGGAUAUUGCGAGACUGUCGUUGCGAAUGAAGAUACUGAAGGAGAAGAGACUUACGCAUUCGCUGAAGAAGGCAGCAGGUGCUGGAAAGAAAAGAAAGAAGGGCGUCGAGAAUGGCGACGCGAAGAGCACUGAGGUGGCAUCCGAAUUGGAGGAGAAGCCGGUUGUAACAGCGCUGAGCGCGGGCAUUAAGAACUCGGCGACCGCUUCGCUUACGGCAAAGGUGCUGAAGGAACAGGACGAGCGCAACAAGCGGCGCAAGAUGGAUGCGAACGGCAACUUGCAGAGUCUCUUUUCUUCAAGAGAUCCGUCGAAGCCGUCAGGGAAGAGCAGUGACUUUAUGUCUAGAGGAUUCUCUAUACCCGCAAAUGCGAAGCGAUGA